AUGUUUGCAGAGUUGUACAACAAGAGACCUAUCAAACUCAAUGUCACUCCAAGUGUCGUUAAACUACCACCAUCAAUCAAGUCCACAGCCCCAGCACACGUCACAGAGUUGUACCACAAGUCCUCGAGGUAUCUGCCCACUCUCUCACCAUCACUCACCUGCUUGACACUGGGCUACGAAUUCAAAAGGAAACUGGAACCAUCACAACUACCUCCAUCACUCACCAAGCUGUCACUUCACAACCGAUUUGACAUGGAACUGCAACCAGGCGUCCUACCUUCAGGACUCAUAAAGUUGGAUCUUGCCUCAUUCAAUUCCAUGACGAAACAAUUGAUCACGCCCAAUCUGCUACCCUCAUCACUCAGAUCGCUAAAGCUUGACCGUCUCUUUGAGCAAGAACUGCUGCCUGGACUACUUCCCCAGUCACUCACCAAGCUAAAGAUGUCCUUCAACUCUAAGCAACAGAUCCAACCUCGUUCACUGCCGCAAUCAAUCACAUCACUCACGAUAGAGAAUGAUUUCAAACAAGAGUUUGACAUUGGAGUGCUACCAAGCAGUCUGAUCACAUUGAGCUUGAAAGGAGGAUACGCUCAUGAGUUCCAUCCUGGAGUAUUGCCAAACCAUCUCGAGAGCCUAAUAAUGCGCAACAAAUUUGAUCGACCGUUCAAAGUUGGUGCUCUGCCCCAAUCCCUCACAGUGCUUUCCUUUGAACAUUCAUGGUACAACCAACCGUUUGGACCAGGUGUGCUACCAGCUCGUCUCAAGACGUUGCACUUCAAUCAGGGUUUCAAACAACCUUUGCUGCCUGGUCAUCUACCCUCGUCAUUACAAACGCUAUAUCUUGGCGAGGAUUACAAGCACCCAUUGCCAAUUGGCACUCUCCCCUCGUCGCUCACCAUGUUGGAGAUUGGUAGAAGGUUUGAUCAGGCAUUAGAGCAUGGUUCACUACCCAGCUCAUUGGUCAAGUUGAUCAUCGGAGGCGAGUCUGAUCGAUACCUUGUCGUUGGAUCUCUGCCCAACUCCCUCAAGAUCCUGACCUUUAGACAAGAGUUUAAUCAACCUAUCCCCGUUGGAUUCAUUCCAGACUCCUUGGAGACGUUGAUAUUCAAGGGAGACUACUCUAGAUCAUUCAACCAGAGUAUCAUCCCAGGCAGUCUCCCAUCAUCAAUCUUGUCACUGGAGUUUAAUGAUCAAUUUAAUCGACUGAUCAAUCCUGGUCAGCUGCCCUCGUCGUUGACCUCCUUGAAGUUUGGACGAACAUUCAAUCAAGAACUACUCGUUGACGUACUACCAACCACGCUGGCAACAUUGAUCUUUGGAGAUCAUUACAACAAACGAAUAGAAAACAAAGUGAUACCUCAAUCACUCACAUCACUGACCAUUGGCUCAUCGCAAAAGAACUCAAUCAAGUGUCCCAGUGUCACACACCUCAAUAUUAGCUCCUUCCCUCAACUAAAGUUGGUCAAGACUGCUCAACCAAUUCGAUCACUCUCGAUACAACAUGUGAGCACCAAUGUUAGAAAGGAGGCAUUGCCAUCGAUCAAACAUCACAUGACAUCGCUGACCCUGUCGGCAAAGACACCAGUGAUGGCAUCCAGCUCCAUCGACAGCCGUCGAGCAAAGUUCCUAAAGUCCAUCAUUCAAGCAUUCCCCAAUGUGGACACGUACGACGUUGACAACGACGAUCGUCACAAGUGGAAGGUAUUGAUACGCAAGAUUGAUCAAUGGCAUGCCAUUAUGGUACUCAAAGUUCAAAUUGAAUCGAGAUCGUACAACAAGAAACGAUUUGGAACAACAAUACAAUACUUCACAUUGGACUCGGCAGCUGGAUUGGCUACAGAAUUGGAAGAAGAGAACAAAAGAUUGAAACGAGACAACGAUCAUCUAUUACAACUAGGCAAUGAGAUCAACAAGUUGAAAGAGGAGAAUGAUCAAAUCAAAGCGCGACUUGCAGAGUUGGGUGAUGGUGGAGCAUCAACAAAGUCAAAGGUUGUGACGGAUGUCAAAAGUACAAGAAGAAGGAAAUAA